UCGAAUCAUGCCGCAGGCCAAACUCAAGUUGAGUUCUCACGAUCAACAGGUGCUGGAUUCCAUCUUCAAUCCCCUGGAGCUCAUCAGUCCACAAACCAAUGCCUUUGUGCCCGCUGAAGCCGAUCUAAAGGAUGUGGAGACGGACACUGAGGCCAUCAGGGCUGCCAAAGACCUGGAGAUUCAAGCAAUUGCCUUGUCUGAAAAGGGAGAGUUGGAUGAAGCCCUCAAAAUAUUCCAACAGUCACUUAAUGUGGCUCUCAGGGCAUCCGUGCUGAAUAAUAGAGCUCAAACACUUCGCUUGGCAAAACGCGAUGAGGAGGCUCUGGAAGACUUGAAUAAAGCCAUCGAACUGGCCAACAAUCAGCAGACCCGCACCAAGUGCCACGCCCACUGUCAGCGAGGAGUUUUAUAUCGCAAACUUGAUAAUUUAGAUGCGGCACGCUCAGAUUUCGAGGCAGCUGCACAGUUGGGCAGUAAAUUCGCCAGAGAUCAGCUGGUGGAAAUAAAUCCCUUUGCAGCACUUUGCAAUCAAAUGCUUCGCCAGGCAUUCGAUCAACUGAAAUAAAGUUAAUGUAUUUGUGUGAAUGCAAAAAA